AUGGGUAUCGGUCAAAAAAUCCUCAGACGCCUCGGCGUGUCUUCGGAUUCAACACCUCCACCAGUCCCUCCCCAUCCAAACCCUCCCGUGUGGAAUACUCAAUCACAGGCAAGCCUCAUAAUCAACCCCGACGAACGCGACAUCUCAACCGACAGGUUCAACGGCACCUACAUCCGUCUUGCGCGUUUAGCCAACGGCACGAUCCUCGCGGGCUUCACAUGGCGCGAAGGCGGACGCAUGGAUGCCCUACGCAUCUUGAAGAUCUCGCGCAGUCUAGACGGAGGACAAUCCUUCCACGAUUUCAGCGAAGUAUAUCGGGGACACGGCGAGAUUGAUAAUCUACACAUUUGCGAGAUCUCACCGGACGGACAUAUCCUCGCAGCUUUCCGAAACCAUGAUUUCGGCCACAACCGUGCCGGCGAUUUGGCGGGUAUUACACAUUUUCGAAUCACAGUCUUUGAAUCCAAAGACGCUGGCGCUACAUGGCAUUAUCUGUCCGAAGCAGCAGAAAAAUCAGAUCCUCCACUAGGAAUCUGGGAACCAUUCAUACGAAUGGGUGUCCAAGGCGAACGAACUAUGCAAGUCACAUCCUACAACAGGGCAAACCUGGUCCCAACCACGCUGCAUCGAGGGAUCCCUCGACAGAUCCGCGACGGCAUGACUGGAAUCACACAAACCAUCGACGCAGCCACGGGCCAAAUCGCGCUUGUAAUGGUCUUUGAGACUACGCGGUACGCGCCCCAUUUCAAUGUUGAGGCUGUCGUUUCCUACGAUGAUGGGUAUACAUGGCAUCAUCGUCAUCAGGUAUACACCCCUCGUCGAAGGGGUCAUAAUGCCGGUGCGCCGCAGAUUACUUCCUUUGGGGAUGGGUCGUUGGCGGCUGUGUUUAUGACUGACGAUGAUUCGGCGGAGGUGAAGUGGAUUCAUAAUGCUGCUAUUAAGAUUUGCUUUGCGGGGCCGCCGUGUAACGGGAGGAUUGUGUGGAGUGAGCCAGUCGAAGUGUCGCCAGCGUCGAGUUUUUGGCCGGGGAUUAUGGCUUUGGAUCAGAGGACGGCGUUGGUUACGUAUGAGCAUGAGGGCCCGAGGGGGAGGACUGUUGUGCGGCCGUAG